CGCCACAUCGGUAUUUCCUAAUCUCCAACCACGUUUCCGUUACCUUCUCCCGCACACAAACCGGGAAUGGACACCACCACACACCUCCACCCAUGAAUCGACCGACAAUAGCCGAAUCAACAUGCAGGGUGAUAACUGUGAAUCGGAAAAGGCCGCUCAUCCAGGGAUUUUCCCAGCCUUCGAAGACGGGAAGAGUGACCAUCACCCGGCUGAACGCUGCGUAGACUUCCCGGUGUCGGUGGUUCUUCCUGCUGGCGGCACCGGAGAGAGAACAGGACUACAGGCACCCAAACAGUUCUUCUCGUUUCUGGGUAGACCGCUUAUAAGCUACACUAUCCAGGCCUUCGAGAGGGUGCCAUGGAUCCAAAGCAUUGUGGUUGUUGUUGCCAAAGAAAAGAUGGACAUGAUGAUGGACAUCAUCCAGCGCUUCCAGCACAGGAAGGUUCGCGUGGUGCCAGGUGGCUCAACUCGUCACAGGUCGAUAUGCAAUGGAGUCCUGGCUGUGGGCAAGGAGGAGAAGGAGAGAACAGCACCAGACAGGCCGAAGGUCGUCAUCAUACAUGAUGCUGUGCGUCCUUUUGUGGAGGAGGACUUUCUGCGUAAAAUAGCACUGGCUGCCAAGGAACAAGGGGCAUCUGGCGCCAUCCGACCUCUUGUUUCCACAGUGAUAGCCACCACAUCAGAGGGCUACCUGGAUCAUUCUCUGGAGCGAACCAAGUACAGAGCCAGCGAGAUGCCUCAGGGGUUCUCAUAUGAUGUCAUCUAUCAGGCCUAUCAGAGGUGCAGUGAUUCAGACUUUGAGUUUGGCACAGAAUGUCUCCAUCUGGCUCUGCAGUACUGUGGCACCAAUGCCAAGCUCAUUGAGGGCCCGCCAACGCUAUGGAAGGUGACCUACAAACGGGAUUUGGCUGCUGCAGAGUCCAUUAUCAAAGAGACCCUAUCGCGAUCUGCCUGCGUCUUCACAGGUGGAUUGGCAGAAGCUGUGACAUUGGCUGAUGCCCUUCGGAAGGCUGUGGGAUCUUGGGAUAUGGAGCUGGACAUCAUCCCAAAUCUAACAGGAGACAACGCCAGCUGCCUGUUAAAAGAGUGGAACUUCAUCCAUGUUUCUGUCAAUCAUCCUUGCCCGUCUGAAGUGGAGGCCACGCUUAUGGCAUUAGAGGCGACAAAUCGAGCGGUUCUCCACCCAAUGGUCAUCAUUUGGGUUCUUUUGAGCCAUACUGAUGAGCUGUCUAUCAGCGGUAGGGUGGCGGAGCCAGAGGCAAUCAUGGACCUCGCCUCAACGGCCAAGCUCCGAAAUAUUCUCCUCUAUGGCAUCCAACUUCAUGAGUCAUCAAAGGAUGCCAGCCGUUGGCAGAGGUCAGUGUUGAGGCUUGGUGAAAUUGCAUCAGCUUUAAUCCGAGAGCGGAACCCGGCCCUGGUGGGACAGCUUCUGCUUGCAUGAAGGGAAGAAGCACCACCAGAAAGUCCCCAAACUAUGAUUCAUAAACGCUGCUGGGAUGCGACGGUUUGACACAGUUAUUUAGUUCUCAAAACUUUUCUAAAGAGAUUUCCACAAUCAAGUAUUGGAGGCUUUAUGCAGAAGGCUGUAAAAGAAUCGUCUAACUCAAAACACCAGUGGGAAUGAUAUUGUGACUUUUGUCCUAAGUACGUGAAAGUCUGUAAUAUCCAUACAUAUCCCAUAAUAAUCCUCUGCAGCAACUUCUGUUGGAUUCUCCCUGCAUGCUAAGUCUACAUAUCUUUCAUCGUUGCCAAACUACAUUACUCUCAAAAAGAAUUUCAAAUCACAGUGAAAAACAAAAGCUGACGCCACUCUCUAGUUCAGUCUCAAAAUCAAUUUCACUCUGUACUGUCAGCAAACUUUUAGAAGAUACAGAGGGACAUUGUUUUUUUUUUAAGACUAAAGAGGCUCUGCUGAACAAUCUAAAACAAAUUAAAGAAGCUCAGAUUCAAAGUGAUGUGAGAGUACCAGUAAUGAGUACUUUUACAAUGUAUUCUUGACCUCACAACAUAGGCAUUUAUCAGAAAUACUGCUUAUGCUUUGAAUGUGUAAAAGUGCUUUUGUAUAUGUCUUGAUCUAUCAGUCACCAACAUGUUGCCCAACAUUAACAUUUUGUGGGUAAUCUUAAAGCUAUUCUAGAGUUUUUCCAUUUUAAAAUGUUGAUGACUCAUGCCACACUGAUUGGAUGGACGGUACUAAUUUUCCAUCCACUGAAACACUGUCUGCUGUAAUCUUGAACAUGUACAGUUGAUGCCUUCUCAGGCCUUUGGGAAAUGACCAGCCGAAGCAGACUGGGCCUUUCGGAAAGCCUCCUCUCAGCUCAGUUUUUACAGGAAGCACAAAUAUGUGGAACACAAUAGCAUUUCAUCAUUUCACGGCAACUGUCAGAUUGUCUAGAACAAAAAACACACACACCAACAAUGUGUUAGUGUGCACCUUGUCUGUGGCCCAGAGGCCUUAAUCCAUUUGCGUCUAAUGAAGAUGUUUAAAAUGACUAUUUUCAGCAGCUGAUUAAAACACAUUUUUGUGUGUAUUUACAGUGGCAGGAAUAGUGUGUGUGGGAAUAAACAACAGUGUGUGUGUUUUCAGGGUAAUGAAGGAACAUCACCCUGAAAUGAAUCACUGAUGUGUUUUUAAUAGUAGCUGAACGAACACAGCAGAGAGCUCUGCAGCACUGACAAAUAACAUAUGUCAAGCUUUGGAUGCACAGGCGAUUCUUUGGUUUCAGUUUUCAUCAUUUACUCUGUAAUAGUUUCAAAGGUGAUUAUUGCCAUGUUGGUCCCAGACCUGCAUCAAUAGGUCACAUCACACUGACGUAUUACUGUGGAAAUUUGAGUUCCAGCAUGUAUGCCAAAAUACUGGGUGUCAAAACCUCUGCUUUUAGCACUGGAGGAAGCUGUUUGUGGUGGCAACAUUAAUAUGAGGCUGUUUAUAUUUUUGUACUAAAUCGAGUUAAACAAUAAAUAAGCGUUUCAUA